CAAACAUGUAAAUUACAGAUUCAUGCUCAAAGCCACACCACAUCAAACAGCUGUAAAAACGUGUACCAGUGGCACGGCUGGGAAAAGGCUGGGGGGGGCAGGGGUAUUACAGAAACUGGCAUUUAAUAGUGCUCAUCUCAGGAGCUGCUUGAACUGAAAUGGAUCGUUUUUCCUCAUUCUUUCUCAAACGAGCAAAGCUGUUAAAAUUGCUCAAGGAGUGAUGUGCCAGUCCAAUCUGCCAUACACUUGCAGUCUGUAAAUUCUUUUGUUGUUCUUUGCCCCCCACUGGUUAAACAAGAUUGGUUUGGGAUGAAGUCCUGUGUCUGUAGCAUGAUAUUAUUCCUGUAGCACAAUAGUAGAGCUUUAUGGGGUGACAUACUCCUCAUGCAGGAAUUAAAAAUAAUAAUAAUAAUAAUGAAAGGUAUUAUUUUGCCCCUUGUACAGUCACUAAAAUAUUAAGUUCUUAAUAGGGAUGUGCCAAAGAGCUUUCUGGCCUGUGUUUGCUCAGAGCAAUUAUGUUGACACCAACAGGAGUACUUACCUGGGUGAAUAUUGUGUUUUUCUUUGUAAUACAACUCUUUUUAAUAUUUCUAAAAUGGCAGGUAAAUGGUGAAGAAAGGCAGAGAAUCUCAUGACUUCUGGUGGUCUUUUCUGAUAAAUCUUUGGCUGUUGACUUAGCUAGAAUCUUGACUCUGUGAUAGGCCUUUGUUAUCUGCUUAGAAACCAUCUCAACUAGAAAGUACACUAUCAACUUCAGUAUAUGGAUAGGUCUCAAUGAAAUAAGUUGGCUGUAGGCAAGCAUGGUUACAGACCUUGUUAUCUCUUCAAAUGAGUAAGGCAAAUCUUGUAGAGGACUGUGCAGUGCAAAAUUGAAACCCUGACUUUGAUUACUUUCAUUUAUUUGCGGAUUGCCAGUUUAGUGAGUAUGAGAUCAGUGUGAUGCUCUCAUUGGUUUGUGUUGCACAAUGGCUAAGUAAAGGUCUUGUAGAGCUCUUGAUGAAAAAUACAUCAUCUGUCAAAGAUGAGGUAUCUGUCAAAGAAGACCUGGAGCAUUAUACAGUAGCAAUUCUCUCUUUGUUGAGAUAGGUACAAUAUUUUGAAGAUGGAGAUGACAUCUGAACCUCUCCUGACAGUGUCUGAUGUUUCUAAAACUUCACUUCUUUCCCUGAGGUGUAAAUUCUAAUUGCUUUUACCAGCCUUUGUUCUUCAGAAUUUCAUUAUACUGCUCAGAUAGACACCAUCCAUUUCUUCCUCUUCAGCUGUUAAUUCCCUACUUGUGCCUGAAGGGAAUGUUUAAAAAGAAAAUUUCUCUAUAACUGGCUGAUCUGCAGGGAUCAAAUCUCUUUCAAGCUGGGUGGGGUUUUUUUGCUUGCAGACAGAAGAAUAUUUUCUUUGGGAAUGAAAUCUAGGCAGCUCAUCUUCACUAGUAUUGACUCUGACAGCUAGCAACCAACCCUAUGCUCUAACUGUGACUUGAGUUCAGAGGUUGAUUGUUAAUAAAUGAGCCAGCAGUGCUGCAUGCUACCAUCUUAAUGAGACAGUACAUUACCCAAUGUUCUUUAACUGUUCAUAAAGUACUCCUUAAUCUGUUUUUUCUCUUGUAGAUAAUAGCCAUUUUUUAAAGUGUCCUAAGAUGAAUGCUAAUAUGUAUUAACACUUAAACUGCAAGCGCUCCUCUUUAUCUGAUAGACUGAUGUAAGGACAGCUGCAAUUUGGACAGUUCCCACAUACCUUGCUUUUGGGAAACCCACACUCAUCUGCCAGGCACUUAAAUUUCAAUCCAGCCAAAAAGUUCUUAUGAUUCCUCAGUUUGAUUUCCCUCUUCUGGCAUUAUCAAAGAUGGCUCUUGGCUUCUGCGUGAUACCAAAUACUGUCAGACCACAGUGAAACGAUUCUUACUGCCUCAGGAAACAAACGUGAAUCGUCUUGGGAUGUCACGUGCCUGAAUGGAUUAAGCUUAAAAAGUUCGAUCUGUUCUAGGAGGAUGUGCCUUCUAAAACAUAUUAAAAAACAAUUUAAUGUAAUUUGAAGUGUCCAAGUGAAAGCGUUGGCCCAGAAUUCCUGCCCAGCUGUGGCUGCCUACAGACUCUCCCUGAAGGCACCUAGAUCUGCCCUCCUUAUCAGAGUCUCCUCUCAGACAUAUCCUGAAACAUUAGGCAGCCUAUUUGGGGUCAACUCUUCUCCAAAUAAAGGUGGCUUUUUGAUCCCAUAUUUUAUCAUGCUGAUAGCUGAGGGGAUGCCGCUACUCUACUUGGAGCUGGCUGUGGGGCAGCGCAUGCGUCGGGGCAGCAUCGGUGCCUGGAAAAUAAUAAGCCCCUACCUCUGCGGCGUCGGUGUUGCCAGUGUCAUCGUCUCCUUCUUCCUCUCCAUGUACUACAACGUGAUAAAUGCCUGGGCCUUCUGGUACCUCUUCCACUCCUUCCAGGACCCCUUGCCGUGGGCCACCUGCCCCCUGAACAGCAACCGUACCGGCUAUGAGGACGAGUGCGAGAAGACGUCGUCCACCCAGUACUUCUGGUACCGGCAGACCCUGAACAUCUCUCCGUCACUGGAGGCCAGUGGGAACGUGCAGUGGGAGCAGGCGCUCUGCCUGACACUGGCCUGGCUGGUGGUCUACCUCUGCAUCCUCCGUGGCACUGAGUCCACCGGCAAGGUUGUCUACGUAACAGCCUCUUUGCCAUACUGUGUUCUCAUCAUAUACCUCAUCAGAGGAUUAACACUUCAUGGAGCUGUGAACGGGCUUGUCUACAUGUUCACACCAAAGCUGGAGCAGCUGUCGAACCCUAAGACAUGGAUCAGCGCAGCCACGCAGAUCUUCUUCUCGCUGGGCCUAGGCUUCGGGAGCCUCAUUGCAUUUGCCAGCUACAAUGAGCCCACCAACAACUGCGAGAGGCACGCCAUCAUCGUCUCACUGAUCAACAGCACCACAUCCAUAUUUGCCAGCAUUGUGACUUUCUCCAUCUAUGGCUUCAAGGCGACAUUUAACUACGAAAGCUGUAUAAACAAGGUGAUCCUGCUGCUGCUGAAUGCUUUCGACCUGGAGGAAGGCUCUUUAACAGCAGACAACCUCAACGAGAUGAAAGACUACCUCAUGGCCACCCACCCACAGGAAUACGCCCAAUUAUCGCCACAGCUUAAAAACUGCAGCUUGGAAGCUGAACUAGAUACGGCUGUCCAGGGGACAGGACUAGCAUUUAUAGUCUAUUCUGAAGCGAUUAAAAACAUGGAGGUGCCCCAGCUGUACUCUGUCCUCUACUUCGUCAUGCUGCUGAUGCUGGGCAUCGGCAGCAUGCUGGGAAACACUGCCGCCAUCCUCACGCCGCUGACCGACAGCAGGGUCAUCGCCACCCGCUUCCCCAAGGAGGUGAUCUCAGGUGUUGUGUGUUUCAUUAACUGUGUGAUUGGCCUAAUCUUCACCAUGGAGGCCGGAAAUUAUUGGUUUGACAUAUUCAAUGACUACGCAGCCACCCUCUCACUGCUGCUCAUCGUGCUGGUAGAAACCAUUGCUGUGUGUUAUAUCUAUGGGAUAAGAAGAUUUGAGAAAGAUCUUUACACCAUGAUUGGACGCAAGCCAAACUGGUACUGGAAAAUUAUGUGGGCUUUUGCUAGUCCUUUGCUAAUUAUAAGCCUAUUUAUAUUUUACCUCACUGACUAUAUCCUCACAGGAACGCUACAAUACCAAGCAUGGGAUGCCACACAGGGGCAGCUGGUGACAAAGGAUUACCCAAGCUACGCCCUAGCUGUGAUCGGGCUGCUGGUGGCAGCAUCCACCAUGUGCAUACCCCUGGGAGCACUAGUAACUUUUAUAAGGAAGAGACUGAAGAGGGAAAGGGUUUCAACUGUUGCGUGAACGCCAACAGCUGGAUUUGGGAAGACCUUACCCCCACUGUCAGUGACCGGGC